AAUGUGCUGCUGUAAACGUGUUUCUAUUGUAGAACAAGCACAGGUAAAGAAAACCACACGACUCGAAUAGUGAGCGCUGUCCAGGUUGAGACAUGGAGUGUGCUGCAUGCCCAGGAGCCCCUGCCCCCUGUCACCACCCACUGGGAGUGACCACAGGCUGACUGUCACAGGCACAACUUCUUUUGCUUUCCUUUUGCAGGUUUUGCCCCCAGAUGUGUGCCUGUAGACACUCGAGGAAUUGUAGCCCUACCUGAAAGGGGAAGAAUCACUUUGGUUACAGAAGUGAAACACUCCUGUGCCUUGUCUCGGAAGACCCUGUUCUUGGCUGUGCAGCCCGUGGUGCACACGUGCUCCCCUCGCGCUGAGCUGCCGGAGGAUGGGGGACGCGGAGGGAACGUACCGAGCCCUGCAGGCGCCCGGGGCGCAGGGGCGCAGGGGCGGGCGGCGCGUCCCCGGGGGGCAGGCCCCGCGCGCCCCGCUCAGGGUUGCGCUGCUGGACGGCACCGUGGAGCUCUUCGACGUGGAGCCCAGGUGCAACGGGCAGGAGCUGCUGGCCCAGGUGUGGCAGCGUCUGAACGUGAUAGAGUCGGACUACUUCGGCUUGGAGUUCCAGAAUGUCCAGUCCUCUUGGAUUUGGCUUGAACCUAUGAAACCCAUCAUUAGGCAAGUACAAAGGCCGAGGAGCGCGCUGCUUCGCCUGGCCGUGAAGUUCUUCCCGUCCGACCCGGGCCGGCUGCAGGGAGAGCACACCAGGUACUUAUUUGCGUUGCAACUCAAGAGGGACUUGCUGGAGGAGCGCCUCACCUGCAGCCAGACCACGGCUGCCCUUCUCACCGCACACCUGCUGCAGGCGGAAAUAGGAGACUAUGACGAGGCACUGGAUCGAGAGCACCUGCGGGUGAACAUGUACCUGCCAGGCCAGGCGCACGCCCUCGAGAAGAUCCUGGCGUUCCACCGGGAGCACGCGGGCCAGACGCCUGCUGAGUCGGAUUUCCAGGUGCUUGAAAUUGCUCGGAAGUUGGAGAUGUAUGGCGUCCGGUUUCACGUGGCCUCCGACAGGGAGGGGACCAGGAUCCGCCUGGCCGUGUCCCACACGGGCGUCCUUGUGUUCCAGGGCUCCACCAAAAUCAACACAUUCAACUGGUCCAAGGUUCGCAAACUAAGCUUCAAGAGGAAAAGGUUUCUUAUCAAACUCCACCCAGAGGUCCAUGGCCCUUACCAGGAUACAUUAGAGUUUUUGUUGGGUAGUCGAGAUGAAUGUAAGAAUUUCUGGAAGAUUUGUGUGGAGUAUCACACCUUUUUUAGACUUCUUGAUCAACCAAAGCCAAAAGCCAAAGCCAUCCUCUUCAGCCGGGGCUCCUCCUUCCGGUACAGUGGGAGAACUCAGCAGCAGCUCGUAGAUUAUGUUAAAGACAGCGGGAUAAAGAAAAUUCCAUACGAAAGGAGGCGCAGCAGGGCGAGUGCGUCCCUCCGCGUGGCAACAGCGGGCUCCCCGAGGCAGAGCGUCUCGUUCACCGAGGGCUUGAGGACCUGGGCGCCUCUGGCCGCAGCCAGCACCGCCUUCUCUUCGGCCCCGACGUCCCCCGUGGCCCCCGGCCAGCCUGACCUGAAGGACAGUGGCAGUUCCCCCCCGGACCCCCCAGCCCCCUCCAGUGGGAGCCCAGCCGCUGAGAGGAGCCCCAAGGAUGUGGCUGCAGCGCCCACAGCACCCGCUGGAGUGCCGCCGUGCCGAGGUGCCGGGCUCUGUCCCGUCGCGGGGCGGAGUGGCAGGGUCCUAGGCCGGGAUGCCGCGGGGGCUGGCGGGGCUGGCGGCGCCGCACACAGACAGGACAGCGACGGGGGCCCCUCGGCCCCGGGCCUGCCCCUCGUUCCUGGGGCUGGCCGGCGUGGCCAACACUGUGCCCAGGGUGGACACCCCUCCACGCGGACAGACCCCCCGCUGCAGGUGUCGGAGGAGUUUAUAGAUGACGACCCCGCGGAGAUCUCCUUCUUUGCCGGAGGCUCUGAGGCUUUUUCUUACCCCUUUGGCGGCAUCCUGCCGGGCUCCAGGGCCCCUGCCCAGCCCGUGGUGUCCCCCGCCCAGGGUCAGGGCUUGGUGCAGUCUAGUCCAGACAGGUGUUCCACUGAGGCCGUGCAGCUGGACGCGGACGGCGACUCAGAGCUCGAGGAGGACGACGACAGUCUGCAUGGCGACAGCCGCCCAUCGGACACCUCGGCGCUGUUCGAGGUGAAGGCUCAGGCCAGCCUGAUGCAGAGCCUGCUGAGCCCGUCCGAGACCAGCUCCCUCCGAAACAACCAGUCCGAGGCCAGCUCCCUGAGCAACGCACCCCUGCCCGGCGGGCUGCCCCCGCACACGCCCAGCUCAGCCGAGCAGUCUGGGGCGAGCUCCUUGGUGAACUUCCCGGCCGGCUCCGUGCACUCCGCCUCCAGCUCGGCUUUGCAGAUCUCGGACAUCCUCGACCAGCUGGAGCAGCUCGGCUGCCCGCCCCCUGCCGCCGAGGAGUCCAGCAGCGCCGACUCGGACUCGUGGGGUUCGGAGGCCGAGGGGCCCCUCGACGGGAGCCUCUUCUUCAGCAGUGCCUUCGCACGGGCAGGCGUGGAGAGGCUCGCGUUCGAUUUGCAGAAUAAUUUAAGGAUUCUGGUUCCAGAAGAGCAGGUCGAUAAAAUCCUCGCCGGGACGGUAUCCACCGUGGAGCCGUCGGGGGGCCCUGGGGGCGACUCAGAGCGGGAGGGCCGAGCCCCUAGGCUGGGGAGCCUGAUCGGCUGUCGGCCAAGAGAGCUGUUUAGAAACCAGUGGGAAGGUGAGCGGGUGCGCCCGGCGGCUUUGGGGCCUGAGGUGCCAGCGCCCCCGCCUCUCUCCAGUGAGCAGUGGCAGCUGUGGGGGCUGUGGGUGCCAGCCCUGCCCCGGCCUCAGGCAGCCGUGGGUGGCCGGGGUCAGGGAGGCCCAGCUGCCCAGUGCAGCCAGCAGCCGCGGAGAGGUGGGGGACACGCGCAGACUCCCCGCUCUCGGCCACCCAAGGGCGGCACGGGGCCCACUGAGCCACCCAACUGUGCACUGUGCUUCAGGCAGAAUGCUGUCUGUGUGAGGUGUCGGGUCCGGUUUGUGUUGUUUGCUCUCACCGAACGCUCCGUGCACCCGAUUCCGGGGCGCCGCAGCGGGGCCGGCCUCACUCCCACAUGCAUCCUCAGCCUGCACCUGCCCCCACGGAGUUGGGGCCUGCACCCUGGAAAUGAGGCGUUGGCUGCGUUUGUCCCCCCGUCGGCUUCCAGCCGCCCCAUGGACCCUGUGGCCGCUCGAGCUAAGGCCCUGGCCCAGGCGAGCAGCUCCACGGGCUCCUUCUGCUUGAGCCGUGAACACAGCUUCCCACUUGGCCAACCCGAGGCCCCACUGCCGACGGCGAGGGAAGCCCAGGGCGAGGCCUGCACUGUAGCUGCCCAGUGUGCAGUCCUUGAGGUGACUCGGGGAGCAGCAGAAACUCAUCAGUUUCACGUCAUUUUCUCUCAGAGAUUGAAGAAGUCCGUCUGCCAGUCAAGCAUCGGCCACUCGACAGAAGUGCGGGAGUCGGGCCCCUCGUGCACGCGGGCCGUGGGAAGGGAGCGGACUUUCCAGCUGCCUUCCCGCAGCGGCCUGAGCAUGCAGGCGAUGCGUGUACGCGCCUGGCGGGUGGGUCUCCGACCCGGGUGCCACCUUGUCGGACCUGCAGACUUCACGACCGAGGGGGACCCCGCCGUUCCCCGAGCUGCGUCGCGAGGCCCGGCUGGCCCAGGAAAUCCCAACAGCGGCCUGGGCCCGGACCACCCCACGCCGCCGCCUCUCAGCCCAGACCCCGCGAUCCGGGCGACUCUGAGCCCAGGCGAUGGGGGCCCGUUGCCCCUGCUGAGCCCCGUCCUGAGCGACGCCAGAGGGGCCGGGACCCCCAAAGAGGAGGAGACAGAGCGCCAGAGCGCGGUCACGCGGCACGUUGUCCAGUCGGAUCCUCUCGAGAGUGAAGGGGCGCUGGGGUCACUGCCGGGCACCGCGGUCCCCAGAGCUCGGCCCGGUCACCUCAUGCUUGGCGACCCCGCGGGGUGGGCCUGGGCCGGCGGCCGCGCACCCACCACAACCCGCGACCCCCAGCGCGGCCCGGCAGACGCGGCGUGUUUCAUCGCAAAGGAGCUGCUCGCCACGGAGCGGACGCAUCUCAAGGACUUGGAGGUUGUCGCUGUGUGGUUCCGCAGCACCGUGCUCCGGGAUGCCGUGCCCGCUGCCCUGGCACACCUGCUCUUCUCCAGCUCCGACCUCCACGAGCUCCACUGGCGCUUCCUGCGGGAGCUGGAGCAGCGGCUGGCGCACUGGGAGGGGCCCUGGGACGCCUGGGCCAGGGGUGGCCCCCCACGCCUCGGAGACAUCCUGCUCAGGAACCUGCGGCAGCUCCAGGGGUUUGCUGGCUCCUUGCAGAGGCACGAGGAGCUGCUGGUGGAGCUGGGAAAAGCUGCCGGGCGCUCCGAGGCGCUGGACGCAGCCUACAGAGCAUUUGAGCUGCGGAAGGUCUGCCACCUGCCGAGCGCCUUCCUGCUCAAGCCCACCCAGCGGCUGGGCCACUACCAGCACCUGCUGGCCCAGCUGUGCCGGCACUUGGCGCCCGGGCACCCCGACCUCCCCAACUGCUGCAGUGAGCGUGGUGCGUGCAGCUGCAGGGGAAGGGGUCCCGACAGGGCAGGGGUGGCCGCCGCAGCAGGUGGGGACCCAUGGGGACGGGGCAGCAAGGCACCCCCAGCCCAGCCCUUCUCUGCUCCCCAGGGCAGCAGCGGGGAGACGGUGUGUGUGACUGGGGACGGGGCACGGCGGGUGCACAGGGCGCGUCUGCUGCCGACCCACAAGCGUGUCCUCAGCGGGUGGCCCUGGGGACAGAGGAGACCCCCGGGCACUGCCAUCCUUCUCGCCAACAAGGACCCCCUGGAGCAGCAGCUGUGCUCGGGCACAAAUCAGAAAGGGCCCUGGGCUUCCGGCAGCUUCCAGAGCUACACCCAGGGCACCGCAGGGCCCUCCUGUCACAAAGUGGUGAGCCUUGUCCCCCGCCCCGCAGAGGCCCUGAGAGCCGUCACCGCGGUGGUGUCCGCGCUGCAGCGCAGCCUCGACCGGCUGGAGAACCUCCAGAAGCUGACGGAGCUGCAGCAGGCCCUGGGCGGCGUGGAGAGCCUGGUCGCGCCCGGCAGGGUGAGUGCUGCGGGCAGCUGUCCCCGUCGACUCACGAGGACGGGCCUGCAGCGGAGGCUCUUCCUCCUGUUGUCGGACAUGCUGCUGCACACGAGCAAAGCCACCGCGGGCACCAGCUGCUUCCGGAUCCAGGGCCUCCUACCUGUCCGCGGCCUGCUGGUUGAAGAAGCAGAGGGCGCGUGGCCGGCCCCGCACUGCUUCGCCAUCUGCUCUGCCCAGAAGACAGUUGUGGUGGCAGCCAGCACCCGGCUGGAGAUGAAGUAGUAGAUGGGUGACCUGAGCAUGGCCAUCGAAGCAGCCAGCAGCGGCCGCAGCCCCGCCCCGGCUCCCGUCACCUGGCCUGGUCAGUGGCUGCAACUCCUUCCCCCAGGGUCUCCUGAGAGGCAAGAGUCGGGAACGGAGGCUGGGGGUGCCUGCGAGGGGCUGGGCCAGCAGCAGAUCAACACCACACUGCACGUGUGCUGGUUCCGGAACACGAGCCUCUCCCGGGCUGACCACCGCGCGGCCGUUGAGAACCAGCUCUCGGGGUAUCUGCUGAGAAAGUUCAAAAACAGCAACGGCUGGCAGAAGCUCUGGGCGGUCUUCACCCAUUUCUGUCUGUUUUUCUGCAAGGCUCACCAGGAUGCCCACCCGCUGGCCAGCCUCCCGCUGCUGGGCUACUGCUUGAGCGUCCCAGGGGAAGCCAACGGCGUCCACAAGGACCUGGUCUUUAAGCUCCAGUUCAAAUCCCACGUCUACUUCUCCCGGGCCAAGAGCAAGUACACGUUUGAGAGGUGGAUGGAGGUGAUCGCAGGGGCCAGCAGCCCGCCUGGGAGCUGCAACAGGGCCCCCCGAGGGUCACCGGGCCCUGCCCUGAACCGUGGGCAUCCGUGAUCCUGGCAGCAAGGAAGGGCAGCAGCCGCAGGGACACAGACCCGCCGCGAGCCGUGUGGGUGCAGAGGCAGCGGCAGGGACGGCGGAGCAGCGUGUGCCGUGGCCUGCUGGCCUGCUGGGAGGACUGGCAGCCUGCCCCGACGCUGGGGGGCUCGUCUCCCCUGGCAGCCCCCACCUCCCAAGGGGCCUGGAUCUCAGCACCAGGCUGGCCCUCCUUGCACGGAAAUCAAAGUUCUCACCCACAAGGGAGUUGUCCAAUAAUUUAUUAGUGCCCCUAAUGUUUUGUAACAAAUGGAAGCAGAUGGACAAGCUGCUCGAGCUCAUAUGCACAUGUGGUUAAAAAUAAAUGGCAUCACC